GCAACAAGUAGUAGAAGAGAUAAGUGGUAACAAAGCUAGUAAUAUGGCUCUCAUCAAGGCUGCUGCCUGCUUCCUGUUCUUCUUUGCCAUCCUCGAUUCCUCCUACGUUUCAGUAGUGGUUGCUCGUGCAAAAUUUCGGGCGACUAUGGCUCCGGCCCCUUCUCCAAUCAUCAUCACACCAGAGUACGCCGGCCCUGCUCCGGAGGCAGAAUUAGCCGCAGUGGCACCCGAAGACUAUGUUAGCAUUAUUUCAUCGGUUGCGCCUGCAGCAUCUCCUCCGGCCACUUUUGCACCGGCUGAACCUCCGAUAAUCAUCACAGCAGCAGAGGACGCCCCUGAAGCUCCGGUACCAGAUGCCGCAUUACCACCCGCAAUUAAUUAAUAUCUUAUUUCUACUUACUGGCCGGGCGCUUGUGUGUGUUCAAUAAUACAAUGGCCACUUCACGUGUUCACUGUUAAGUACGUUGUAAGUCUCGAUCGAUCGGCUUCGAUGGAUCUUGGUGUUCUAAUAAAAAAGCUUAUGUAUGCAGCCAGCUCCAGCUGAGUGUAUUAAUUAAUUGAAUGGUAGUCCGAUCCUUCAUGUUUCACUUUGGUUUAUGUAACGUGGCUGUAUUGUCUACUUAGAUAAAAGUUUGUUAUAGUAUAUGAUCAGUAUCGUCUGAAUAAAAGGCUGCUUUAGUUUCGCAAGCUCUGUCUUAAUUCUCCCACUUUCUCUCUUAAUUGUAAUUUCUAUAUAU